AUGUCGCCGUCUGUCGAGGUGUCUGCCGAUAUCAGACGCGCAGCUGCCGAUGCAGACGCGAACAGCGAUGGCGAAGACUGCGACACGAUUCUCAUUCCUCCCAAACAGGUCGAGCAGAGGUCCACAACUCAGUCUGACGCUACGUCUCUGAAGAUUUACUCUCCUCCUACUCGAAGCCAAGAAGCGCUCAAGGCACUCUAUGUCGAAUGUCUCAAGCAUUCCCUCCCCCUCCUCUCCGCCCAGAUCCUCCGCCAGCUACGCCAAGACCUCAUGGGUCUGGAUCGCAUCAAGUCCCUUGUACGACGAUGUCUCACCCCAGAGGAGAUCAAGUAUGAACUUGCCGAAGAAGAUGUCCUCACUUUUCUCAUAAAGCAAGAGAUCGUCAAUGAGAUCAAAGCGACCGCCCUUGGCUAUGCUACCGCCCAAGUCGUCGUGCAGCUGCGAGCAGUGCACAAGGGUGACAAGGGAGCUGCUGUCCAAGAAGAGGAGACCGCGAAGGAAAGAUACACAUCGACACUUGAGAUCCUCAAGUCUCGUCCUCUUGCUGCACCGUUCAUACCAGGCAAGGAGCCAUUUCGCUACACGCCUCUCCAUGCCUUUGUGCAGGAGGAAAAGGAGAACGGUUGCCUAGUGGAGGACCUAGCUUGGGAAGACCAUGGCGCCAAGUCUCAUCACAAGUGGGACUACAGGUUCAAAAAGAGUCUGGACGUACUCAACAAGACAUUCAACGCGGCUACCGACAAGGUAGACUUUCACAGCCUCACUGCAACGCCUCUGCUCCUCGUCCAGUCAGUCCCUCCCGCGACUCUGGCCCAAGUUGUCGAAGAGACACUGGCUGCUCACCCCACAUUGGAGCUGAGCUCUGUCAUCAGCCUGCCUCCUGUAGGCCAGGGAGACGUGCCUUCGAGUUCAAGUGACGACGAAGAUCAUCCACGAAAGGGCAAGAUGGACCUGGACCGCCACGACGUCAUCAAGGACGAUCUCUUUGAAUUGGCAGCUCUAGGUCAUAAAGUCUCCAGCAUGGUCUCGUCUCAACUUCAGCGCGUCGUCGAGCAGGCAGAUGCGGCUGGAGAUUGGCCAGUCCUCGAGGCGGCUGCGAAUGGACUGCUCAACGCCGGAUCUGUCAGUGCUGAUUAUGCUCUGAAGUGGGGCAAGGCCUUGAAAGAGCAGAAGAAAAAUGGUGAAGCCGAACGCGCUUACACCCUCGCGCUCACACUCUUGACCUCUGGCACCUCCGCAAGUGGCCUAGCGACCACUAAAAGGGGUGGAAGCGGUCUCGCUUCAUCUCCCCACAAAGACAAUUUGGCUGUCUCUCCCACUGGCGAUCCUUCCGUCUCCCCGACGGCACAGUCUCUGCGAGAACUUCAUGAGGCCACCCUCGCCAAAGCUCGUGCCCAAGGCGAAACCGACUCUUCCCAAGGCUCUCCACCCAAGGAAAAAUACAAGUGGCACCCUUCGCACAUGCACAAGAAGCCCAAUGCCCCUCCGCAGACAGGAGCCAAUACUGUCCCGCUUGGCGCCGCGCUCCCUUCUGAGGGUCGCCGCUUGAAGGGCGCCCAGCAAAAGGCAGCACGAGAGGCCCUCCUCGGGCGAGGGCAGGUGCGACGCUCACUUGCGCAGAGUAUCCGCGUCCCUGCCCUGGAUUCAAGCAUGGGGGAGUUCCCUCCUCUGGGCUCUGAACAGACUGCCAGUGCCAGCACGGAGAAGCAGAACGAGGAGCGAUCAUUCGCCGAGGAGGCUAGGAGGGUCAAGGCGAACCUUAUCAGACUCGCGAGGGCGGACUUGCAGGCCGUCGUCGACUAUGUAGAGCGAGGCGCUGGCGCUGGUGUAGGUGUCGGCGGAGGCGGAGGCGGAAGCGGAGGCAAUGGAACGGGGAAGAAGUACGUACCUGGAUCUGCUGCUGCUGCACAGGCCGCUUCUUCUUCCUCUCCAGCUCGACCUGGAAGAUUCGGAGAAGGCACUACUGCUCCUAUUACUACUGAUGCAGACGCAGACGCAGACGCAGAUGCAGAGAAGCUCAUGGCCAUCGAGGAGCUGCUGGCGCUUGCUAGUCUUUGA